CCUCAGGUUAGUCUAAUGAAUUUUAUCAUGGCGUGCCCGUGGCAGGGGGCUAUUGCUCUCUGCCGAACCUUUAUGUUUCUUUUUACAGCAUCUCAAGCCCACCUGUAACAACUUAAAAAAGUGAUUGGAGACAUUGUUUUUAAUGUUACCGGGCUGAGCGCAUUUUUUCUGAGACGAUUGGUAAAUUUUUUAACUAGAGGGAUUGUCAGAGAAAAGCUCUUGCCAUGUCUCUACUUUGUGUAAGAGUAAAGAAAGCCAAGCUACAUGGAUCACGGGACAAGUUCAAUUCAUAUGUGACUCUGAAGGUACAGAAUGUCAAGAGCACCACCAUCACCGUGCGAGGGGACCAGCCAUGCUGGGAGCAGGACUUCAUGUUUGAGAUCAACCGUCUGGACCUGGGGCUCAUUGUGGAGGUGUGGAACAAAGGCCUUAUCUGGGACACCAUGCUGGGAACUGCCUGGAUCCCCCUCAAGAGCAUCCGCCAGUCAGAGGAGGAGGGCUUAGGGGAGUGGACCUUCCUGGACGCUGAGGUUCUGAUGAAGGCUGAUGAGAUUUACGGCACCAAGAACCCAACUCCCCACCGGGUUCUGCUAGACACGCGCUUUGAGCUGCCUUUCGACAUCCCAGACGAUGAGGCACAGUACUGGACCGGCAAGCUGGAUCGCAUCAACACUAUGAGGAUCCAUGAUGAGUACCCUCUGCAGGAUGAGGUCCAAAGACACCCCAUGCCGCUUGCUGCCUCCCAAUGUUCCCUGGAUGACCAUGACAGCGCGGUGGACGACCGGGACAGUGACUACCGUAGUGAGACCAGCAACAGCUUGCCCCCGCGCUACCACACCACGACCCAGCCCAACUCCUCCAUGCACCAAUACCCCAUGGGCCCCCGGCUCCAGAGCCACCUGGACUCCUGCACCGACUCCAUCCACAGCUUUGACAUGGACUACAGAGACCACCGUGGUAGCAGUCCGGUGGAAAGUAGUCGCUUUGGGUCCUCUGGAAACCUGAGCCAGACCAGCUCCCAGCUUAGUGAGACAGGCCAGGAGAGUGCUCCAGGCUCAGGGCUGGAAGAGUCCUUCCACUCUUACCACAGUACCACCUUCUGCCCCUCUACCGCUGGCCAGCAACCCACCAACGGACACCUCCCCAGCAAUGGACACUCUGUUUUGGGGCAGGAGGAAUUGCGCAGACCCUCCCUGGAUGUGGGGAAGAGCUUAAAUGGCUCUAUGAAGAGAUUGGACCACUCAGUUGAGAAAAUAUCCAAUAAAAUGCUGCAAAGUUUCCACGACAAUGGGCCUCCUUUGCCCUUCUCUCCAUCCAGAAUUCGCUGGUUGAAGGCCAUCAACAAAGUGAGGGUACAACUGCAGGAGGGACGAGAUGAUGGACACAACUCCAGACAAGCUUGGAUCAAACCAGGCGGUGGAAGUGGUUUGUUUGGGAUUGACAGCAUGCCAGACCUUCGUAAGAGGAAGCCUAUACCUCUGGUCAGCGAUGUGGCUAUGUCACUGGUCCAGGCUAGAAAGGCUGGAAUCACCUCUUCCAUGGCCGCGCGCUCCUCCGUCAAAGACGAGGAGCUGAAGAACCACGUUUAUAAGAAGACUCUUCAGGCUCUGAUCUACCCCAUCUCCUGCACCACGCCCCAUAACUUUGAGGUGUGGACGGCCACCACGCCCACCUACUGCUACGAGUGUGAGGGGCUGCUGUGGGGCAUUGCCCGCCAGGGCAUGAGGUGCUCCGAGUGCGGGGUUAAGUGUCACGAGAAGUGCCAGGAAUUGCUGAAUGCUGACUGCCUGCAGCGUGCUGCGGAGAAGAGCUCCAAGCAUGGGGCUGAGGAUCGUACCCAGAACAUCAUCAUGGCCAUGAAGGACCGCAUGAAGAUCAGGGAGAGGAACAAGCCGGAGAUCUUUGACGUGAUCCGGGAUGUCUUUGUCGUCAGCAAGGCGAUCCACGCUCAGCAGAUGAAGACCAUCAAACAGAGUGUACUGGACGGAACCUCCAAGUGGUCGGCCAAGAUCACCAUCACAGUGCUGUGUGCCCAGGGACUGCAGGCCAAAGACAAGACGGGUUCCAGCGACCCCUACGUCACGGUCCAGGUGGGCAAGACCAAGAAGAGGACCAAAACCAUCUACGGCAACCUCAACCCUGUCUGGGAGGAGAAGUUCCACUUCGAGUGUCAUAACUCGUCGGACCGCAUCAAGGUGCGUGUGUGGGACGAGGACGAUGACAUCAAGUCCCGGGUGAAGCAGCGUCUGAAGAGAGAGUCCGACGACUUCCUGGGUCAGAGCAUCAUCGAGGUCCGCACGCUCAGCGGAGAGAUGGACGUCUGGUAUAACCUGGAGAAGAGGACCGACAAGUCGGCCGUGUCCGGCGCUAUUCGUCUCCACAUAAGUGUGGAGAUCAAGGGAGAGGAGAAAGUGGCUCCCUAUCACGUCCAGUACACCUGUCUACACGAGAACCUCUUCCACCACUCAACGGACGUUCUGGGCCAGGGGGUGGUGAGGAUCCCAGAUGCCAAAGGAGACGAUGCCUGGAAGGUGUACUUUGACGAGGUGGCCCAGGAGAUAGUGGACGAGUUUGCCAUGCGAUACGGGAUCGAGUCAAUCUACCAGGCAAUGACGCACUUCGCCUGCCUGUCCUCUAAGUACAUGUGUCCUGGCGUUCCGGCAGUGAUGAGCACCCUGCUUGCCAACAUCAAUGCCUUCUACGCCCACACCACUGCCUCCACCAACGUCUCCGCCUCUGACCGCUUCGCCGCCUCCAACUUCGGGAAAGAGCGCUUUGUCAAGCUAUUGGAUCAACUCCACAACUCCUUGCGCAUUGACCUCUCCACAUAUAGGAACAACUUUCCUGCCAGCAGUAAGGAUCGUCUCCAGGACCUGAAGUCCACUGUGGACCUACUGACCAGCAUCACCUUCUUCAGGAUGAAGGUCCAGGAACUGCAGAGUCCCCCUAGAGCCAGUCAGGUGGUGAGGGACUGUGUUAAGGCCUGCCUCAACUCCACCUACGACUACAUCUUCAACAACUGCCAGGAGCUGUACAGCCGCCAGUACCAGCUGCUGGACACACACAAAGAGGAUCUUCCCCUGGAGGAGCAAGGCCCCAGCAUCAAGAACCUGGACUUCUGGCCCAAACUGAUCACCCUUAUAGUCUCCAUCAUAGAGGAGGACAGGAACUCCUACACACCCGUGCUCAACCAGUUCCCUCAGGAGCUGAAUGUGGGGAAGGUGUGUGCUGAAGUCAUGUGGGCGCUGUUCUCCCAGGACAUGAAGUAUGCCAUGGAGGAGCAUGAAAAGCACCGGCUCUGUAAGAGUGCCGACUACAUGAACCUGCACUUCAAGGUCAAGUGGCUGUACAAUGAGUAUGUGAAGGACCUGCCAAACUUCAAAGGGGUUGUACCCGACUACCCAUCGUGGUUCUUACAGUUUGUGCUGCAGUGGCUGGAUGAGAAUGAAAGCGUUUCCAUGGAGUUCAUGCAUGGAGCUCUGGAGAGAGACAAGAAAGAUGGAUUCCAGCAGACAUCUGAGCAUGCUCUCUUCUCUUGCUCGGUGGUGGACGUCUUCACCCAGCUCAACCAGAGCUUUGAGAUCAUCAAGAAACUGGACUGUCCUGACCCAAAGGUCAUGGCCCACUACAGCCGACGAUUCGCCAAGACUAUUGCCAAAGUUCUUCUGCAGUACAGUGCCAUUCUGACCAAGAGCUUCCCCUCCUACUCUGACAAAGAGAAGAUUCCCUGUGUACUGAUGAACAAUGUGCAGCAGUUGCGUAUCCAGCUGGAGAAGAUGUUUGAGUCCAUGGGUGCCAAACAGCCUGAAAAGAAAGACGAGAAGGUGGUGAUUAUUACCGACAAAAAGCUGGACACAGAAGCCAGUGACCUCCUGAAUGAGCUUCAGGUCAAGCUGAACAAUGUGCUGGAUGAGCUGAGUACCACGUUUGGAAACAGUUUCCAGGUUUGUAUUGAUGACUGUAUGAGACAGAUGGCCUCUCUGCUGUACCAGAUCAAGGGCCCAGUCAACGCCAACAGCCGCAACAUGGUGGAGGCCGACUCAGACAACGUGCUACGGCCACUUAUGGACUUCCUGGAUUCAAAGUUAACGCUGUUUGCCACAGCGUGUGAGAAGACUGUUCUAAAGCGGGUUCUGAAAGAGCUGUGGAGGAUUGUGAUGAGCAGCCUGGAGAAAACCAUCGUCCUGCCCCAAGGAAACGACACCUUCGGGGCUCAGAUCCUGUCUGCAGCCAAGGAACUGGGGCAGCUCUCCAAGCUUAAAGAUCACAUGGCAGGAGAGGCCAAAAGCCUGACACCGAAACAGUGUGCUGUCAUGGAUAUAGCACUGGACACAAUCAAACAAUACUUCCAUGCAGGAGGGAACGGUCUGAAGAAGGCGUUCCUGGAGAAGAGUCCUGAGUUGACCUCACUACGCCACGCUCUGUCCCUUUACACACAGACCACAGACACGCUCAUCAAGACCUUCGUCACAACACAACACACACAAGUGCACAAUGGGAAGGGUAUUAGGUUAACUCCCAAAGAAAAAAUACAACCCUCCAGGGGGUCAGGAGUGGACAAGCCGGUGGGAGAGAUAUCCAUUCAGAUCGACCUAUUCACCCACCCUGGUACUGGGGAGCACAAAGUCACUGUCAAAGUGGUGGGAGCCAAUGAUCUGAAGUGGCAGACGUCUGGGAUGUUCCGGCCUUUUGUGGAGAUCACCAUGAUUGGACCCCACCUCAGUGACAAGAAGCGCAAGUUCCAAUCCAAGUCCAAGAACAACAGCUGGGCGCCCAAGUUCAACGAGACCUUCCACUUUAUCCUAGGUAAUGAGGAUGGCUUUGAGUGCUACGAGCUGCAGAUGUGUGUGAAGGACUAUUGUUUUGGCCGUGCCGAUCGGGUGGUGGGCAUGGCUGUGAUGCAGCUGCGGGAUGUGGCAGAGAAGGGCAGUGUGGCGUGCUGGUGCCCCCUGGGUCAGCGGGUCACCAUGGACGAGACCGGCCUCACCGCCAUGCGCAUCCUCUCCCAGCGCUCCAACGACGAGGUGGCCAAGGAGUUCGUCAAGCUCAAGUCUGAGUUACGCUCUGAGGAGGAGGGCAGAUGAGGUCUCCCUGAAGGAGGGGUGUGAAGGGCCUCUAGUAAAGUGGGAAGUAAUAGGAGCACAUUGACUACUACUACUUUGGACUAAUAAUGUCCCCUGGCUGCUAUUGGCUGUUUGAUGGACACUGGUUCACCAUCACACUGUCACUCACUGUGUUUUUCUCAGACUCCACCUUUUGUGUCCCUCACUCACCAUCUCCUACACAUACGUAGUUAGUUUCUCUCUCACUCAAUGGUUAUUAGGCACAAUCUCACACGAUAUUGUACUUAUGUUGGUUCGCCAGUCUGGCACUAUGGACAUGCCAUGGGAGCUAUAUGCCAAUCAAUUCCUGCCAGCCUGUAUGCACUUCAGUACAGGGUCUCCCCCUCACCCCACAAUCCCCCUCAGUGUUCAUGUGCAAUACCCCCCCAACUGUGGCCAAAUGUUUGAUGCCUUACACUUUAGAAGCUGUGAACGUGUGAAGUUCAGACACAAAACUGUAACUGUAGUAGAAAGCUGUUUAUCUUCCUCAAUCUCUCUUUAGUGUUCUUCGUGAUCCAUGUUCAUCUCAUUGAUGCCACUAUUAGGGUCCAAAUGCAGGAUGUCAUUGUUGGUGUUUUGUUCGAAGUAGAUUCACCUGGUUUCUAUCGUUUGGACUUCUACAGCAUGUCAAGUACCCUACUCCUAAAUAUAGUGUACAAAUCCACCGUUUUUCCCUGUAGAAAAGUGGUGGGGGGGUUUUUGUAUUAAAAUUAGUGCCGUGUGGUGGUUCUGAAGUGAGUUUUAUGUUUGUCUCCCCCCUAUUUUUUGACAUGAGGUACUGUAACGUCAACAGCACUCAAUGUAAAGGGUUUGUAAGUUGUGUGCCUUGUCAAGUAUUGGGCUCCUAUUCAUAACCCAUUAGUCCCAUACAGUGUUAACAAUGCACUUUGAAUAAGAAUUACUGUAAUACUUUUUAGUCUAAAUUGUCAAAUGUUCUUAACACAAGGGCUGCCUUCUAUCCAGAGAAACUUCCUUUUAAGGAUAGAGUGGUGAGCACUUUUUAAUAUGGACUAUUGCUUCUUACAUCAAAAACAGCAAUGGUGUAUGUAGGGCCCUGUCUUGAACUUAGUAAUCACUGCUAAAUAACCAACCCUCAAUGACAGCCAUUUUGUUUAUAGUUUUUAUGUAUUUAUUCCAUAUGUAUACUCUGGUCUACUUUGCAAACAGAGGGCUGCUAGAUGGAGUUUGAGUAUAGUUUUCAAAGUGGUUUUGAAUUGCUUUUUACUGCAGUUUUCUAGCAGGACCCUACAGAUACUAACUGGACCUAGAGGGUCUUUUGGGACCAGAGGAGUUUAAAUGAUUUUAAUCUCAGAUGAGGGAAAGGCUAGCCUCGUAUGGUUCGUAACGAGGCUAGGAAAAGGCAGUCCAAGCUCUCGGUUUGCAAAUAUUUUCCAGCUAUGUUUCCUUGUAUCUCUGAGUGGCCUUACAUUGGUGAUAAUAGAAGAUUUCUAUAUACAUGUUUUUACCCCCCAUUUUCUGUGUUUCUUUUGUCUCACAACGAUACAGAGGGUUGGUCAAUUUGACCUAAAUCAACCGUAUCAGACUGAUAUUGUCUGUGAUUUUCCUUAUUGCUGUUACUUUAUUUUUGUUUUUAAUUGUAUUGGAGGAUUUAUAUUUGUUUAGAUGUAUUAAUUUUUUGAGAUAUAGUAUUUAUAUUUUUGUUAUUUUCCAUUUUGAUCCCUCUUAAAAAAUGUUGGAGUGAUGUUCAGUACGGUAUCAUGAGUUUAUUGGAUCUACAGUAUACAGAAAGGGGUAAUGCAUGCCUGUCAUAUCCCUGAUAGAAACGAGGAGAAUUUUUUGCUAUUUGUCAAGUAACACUGCCGUUGUCCAUACAAUAAUUGUCAGUUUGAUGUUCACACAAAGAAGAAAAGUGCAACAUCACACACUGUUAAAGCUAUAUCUGGGCUUUAUAUGCAGAAUCUACAGUACCAAUGUGAAUACAUCUUUUGGGCUGUUGAUUUAGGGGAAAAUGUCUACUUCUAAGAAGGGCAUUGCCACUAACAUACAUGUUCCUUGUGCCAAGCUGUGCAAGAGUUCACUUUUUGUUUCAUUUACAUUUUUUAAACCUUGUGAAGCAUUGCACUAUAAUUGAAUCACUACAAUAGUUAGCACGUGUUGUAUGUCCAAGUAACUGGACUUUUGUGAGGUUUUAUUUUUAUUUUGCAACUGGAAAAAUCAUGGUAUUGAUCAUUAAAAUGUGUACAUUACAAUUUAUUAAUUUUGUAUAAAGUAUUUAAGAAAUA